AUGUCGAUCAGCCAGGAAACGCUUGACAUGAUCACUACGGCCAUCAAGGAAGGAAAGGAUGUUGGAGAAGGAACGUUGGUUCGCUCCAAACUAACCAAUCGUAUAGUUUGGAGAACAAAAGAGGUGGAUGAGAACGAUAUCUGGGGACAAUACCUUCAACAGCUUCACGCUGAAAGAUCUAAAAUAAAACCGGCUAAUGUUUUAAGUUCUGCUCUACGUGAAAUGUCUACUCACAAUUAUGCACCGUCGGAAAUAUUUCCCGUCUAUGCUGUGGAAAAAGAGCCAUUCUUGACAAUCCGGAACUGUUGCAAUAAGUAUGAUAAGGAGAACUGGUCAGCUCAGUGGGAUGCGCUGAAGAUAUCUGUAAAGUAUUGCAGCUUCUGCAAGGGCAAUAAGGAAAUUGGGGAAGUGUAUCUAUCUCACAAUCUGAAGGGUCCGCAGGGUCAAGUUACAUGUCCCGUUUUGCUUAAGAAUUAUUGUCCGACCUGUCACGUGUACGGACACACGAACGCUUAUUGCCCGGCAAAUAAAACAGGAACCAGUAUUGUCAAGAAGAUUAUGCAUUAUAAUCGACUUUAA